CAUUUUCAUUAUUCAUAUCCGCAGUCUUUCACAUCUGUGCAUUCUUCGAUUCUUCGCCGGAAAAUCUAAUGGUGCUCACGAACUUCAAUGGUGCCGGAAUCGGAUUUGGUUUUGGGAUUGGUUGCGGUUUCGGGGUAGGAUGGGGUUUCGGUGGGAUGCCCCUAAAUUUCUUAGGUCUUGGUGCAGGUGGAGGUUGUGGCGUUGGAGUAGGCCUUGGAUGGGGAUUUGGAACCGCGUUUGGCAGCAAGUACCGGAACUCUAGUGUUACGUUUGAAGGCAGUGAUUUUCAUAGUAAAGAUGGUAGCAAAGGUAGAGAAUCAAAAGAUUCAAGCAAAAGCACUAGGAAAACUCAUGCUUCUCAAUGACUUUUCUUUAGACAUUUCUUACCGAUCCUGUGAUGCAACAAGUUUUAUCGCAUGAGUGUGACUUAGAUUCAGUGUUCAUUAGUGUAAGAAUGAUUGAUUCCUCUUUAUACAUUAUGAAAGCUAAUGAUCAGCAAUCUACACUCUGU